AUGCUUGAAACUGCUAUUGAACUUAGACAAGCAUUUGAUAGAUUGGCUGAAGAAGAAGACACUAAGUAUAGAAGUUAUUUUGAUGAGGAUGAUGAGAAAAAUGAGGAAGAAGGAGAAGAUGUUCUAGGGAUUGAAUUUGGAAAUGAACCUGAACCUAUAGGGGACCAAGGGCAAGGGACUGAAAUUAUUAGAAGAAAGAAAGAUAAAGGAGUGAGAGGGAAGAAAGUGGGGCCUCCAACUGAUGAUGAUUGGGAGAAAGUUUUUGCAUUUGUCAAGUUUUUGAUAGUGUUUUUUGAUGUCACUUUGAAUGUUAGUGCUUCAAGCAAACCUACUGCUCACAAGGCAUUUCAUGAUAUUGUUUCAAUUAAAUGUGAGAUUGAAGAGAUUUUUGAUGCACCAAUCACAAACCACAGCACAGAUUAUGAGAAAACAUUGUUCAACAUUUUAGUCCAAAUGAGGAGCAAGUACAACAAGUACUUUGAUUCACUAGAUGAUGUGAAUCAGCUCCUGCUUGUUGCUUUGGUGUUAGACCCUAGAUUUAAGAUGUUUCACUAG